CCAGUUCCGGCUGGCGGGGAUGGCGCGGCGGGCGUGUUUCAGCCGGUUGCUGUGCCUGUGCUUCAGCCGGCUGCUGCCCCUGUGCCUGCCCCUGUGCCUGCCGGCGGCGGCGCGCCCGCCCGCCCCGCACCUCGUGCUGGUGCUGGCCGACGACCUGGGCUGGGGCGACGUGGGCUGGCACGGCUCUGCCAUCCGCACGCCGCGGCUGGACGCGCUGGGGGCGGGCGGCGUGCGGCUGGAGCGCUACUACACCCAGCCGCUGUGCACGCCGUCCCGCAGCCAGCUCCUCUCGGGCCGCUACCAGAUCCACACAGGUUUACAACACCAGAUAAUUUGGCCAUGCCAGCCCAGCUGUCUGCCAUUGGAUGAGAAACUCCUCCCAGAGCUGCUUCAAGAGGCUGGAUAUGUUACUCAUAUGGUGGGGAAGUGGCAUUUGGGGAUGUACAGAAAAGAAUGUCUUCCAACCCGCAGAGGAUUUGACACUUACUUUGGAGUUUGGGAUCUCUUUGAUGGCAUGGGUGUAGGCUAUCUCCUUGGCAGUGAGGAUUAUUAUACUCAUGACCGCUGUGUCCUCAUCAAAGCAAAGAAUGUGACGCGCUGUGCUCUGGACUUUCGAGAUGGAGAAGAAGUUGCAACUGGAUUUAAAAAUGUGUACUCCACAAAUUUAUUCACAGAAAGAGCUAUAGAUCUUAUAGCCAAUCACAAAACUGAGAAGCCCCUCUUUCUCUAUCUCGCCUUUCAGUCUGUGCAUGAACCUCUUGAGGUCCCUGAAGAAUACAUGAAACCAUAUUCUUCCAUAAAAGAUGUGAAGAGGCGCCAUUAUGCAGGAAUGGUGACUCUUAUGGACGAAGCGGUAGGAAAUCUUACUGAUGCUCUGAAAACAUACGGUCUUUGGGACAACACGGUUUUUGUUUUCUCUACUGAUAAUGGAGGACAAACUUUAGCAGGGGGAAAUAACUGGCCACUGAGAGGGAGAAAAUGGACCCUCUGGGAAGGAGGAGUGAGAGGUGUAGGCUUUGUUGCAAGUCCUUUGCUGAAACAAAAAGGUGUAGAAAGUCAUGAACUCAUCCAUAUCUCUGACUGGCUGCCAACGCUGGUGCACCUUGCUGGAGGACAUACCAAUGGCACUAAGCCUUUGGAUGGUUUUGAUGUUUGGAACACUAUCAGUGAAGGAAGACCUUCUCCCAGAGUGGAACUGCUGCAUAACAUAGACCCCAUGUUUGUGGAUGAUUCCCCAUGUCUUGGCAUUGAUAAGAGGACAUCUUUACGACAGAGCAAUUCUUCUCCAUGGGAUGAUGCACUUUUCAAUAUAUCCAUACAUGCAGCAAUAAGACAUGGAAAAUGGAAGUUACUAACUGGAUAUCCAGGCUGCAGUCAUUGGUUCCCUCCACCGUCUUUGUACAAUGAGUCACAGAUUCAGUCAUCUGAUCCAUCAACAAAGAGACUUUGGCUGUUUGAUAUUGUUCAUGACCCUGAAGAGAAAAAUGAUGUGUCUGAAAAAUACCCUCAUAUAGUGGAAAAACUACUCUCACGGCUUCAGUAUUAUCACAAACGUUCAGUGCCUGUGUUCUACCCUGAUGAGGAUCCUGCCUGUGAUCCAGCAGCAACUGGGGUUUGGGGUCCUUGGGUAUAGUGCACACAGCUUUGCACACUGCAAAAAACCUCUGUAGCAGAAUCUGGCUUAUGGACUCAGAGUCCUAGUGAUGAAUUGUGUACUUUCUUUAAUGAGCUGUUGCUAACUGUGAGCUUAAUCUUUGAAUAAUUCAGUAUUUCUUAUUCUUGAUCUGUUGGGAAUCUUAUUUCAGUCUUUCCCCACUCUCUCAUUCCCAACAAUUAUAUGUGAAAUAUUAGUAAAUUUUUUAAAAAUAUUCUUUGUCUAGAAUAUACUUCUAGUGCAGGAGAAAAACAUUGCCUCCUUCCUUGAAAGAAAUUGAAAAGAACUGAAUUCCUUGUAAGGGAUCAUGGCAGCGGGGACAUCCAAAAUUAAUCAGUCUUGUGGAGUAUACUGAAUUCUGGUUUCAUGUUUGUCCGGAUGACAAAUUCUGCUGAAUGCUAUUAUAUAUCUGUAUAGGCAUAACAUUUUUUGCCUUUAACAUGUACGUCCAUAUAGAAAUGGAAAGAGUAAAAAAGAAAACCUCAUAAAUACAACAAAAUCUCUA